CUACCCUUUCCGGACAUUCUCAAACUCUGAAAAGGCGACAGGUCUGUCUAUGACAAAUUUGAAUGGUUCCGACGACACGGAGGGCUUGGAUCAGAAGAUCCAUUCGUCCGCUGGCAUCCAAAUAUAUCUCAACUGCAAAGUGGCUCGGAAAACUGCUCGCUAUGCCGAGUCGUUUGGAGUCAUAUGAAAAACAGUUUUCACUACCACACUAACAGCCACGCUCUGGAUGAGCGACCUCUCUGGUUAGAGCUAAGGGUAGGCUACCCACUAUGGGUUGUACGCACUGGCGAAAAGGAACCUGAGCUACGGCUGAGUGGCAACUACGAUAUCAAAGUGACUCCAGACAGUGUAGUGGCAGAUGGUUUCCCCUUCUACGAGGUGAUCCAAGACUCGCUCCACCCUCUCGUCCUCGGCAAAGCAAGAAAUUGGAUUCAAAACUGCAACGAGCAGCAUUCCGACUGCUCUCAUGACUCAACGACUCAAACCCAGCUUCCCACUCGGCUACUUGAUCUUGGCUCCUUGCCCAGCAGCAAUGAACUAGACUGCAUCCAAGGCGACCCCCGCCGCUUACUCGAAGAUACAGGCUUCAGUCUCGUGGAAACGAGUCCAAGCGACAGUGGUCAAUACAUCGCUCUAAGCUACUGCUGGGGCCAAGGCCUGGCAUACAAAACCACGACCAGCAAUCUGCACACGCACAAAGCGGACGGCGGCAUCCGCUACGCGCAGCUCCCCAAGACACUCCAAGACGCAGUAUUCCUAACCCGAUACCUGGGUGUACGAUACCUAUGGGCAGACUGUCUCUGCAUUAUCCAGGACGACAAAGCAGACUGGGAAUACGAAGCCUCUCGAAUGGCAGACGUGUAUAUUAAUGGUUAUCUCACCAUCGCUGCCGCGCGCGCCAGCCACUGCAACGAGGGCUUCCUCAACCCGCGCAAGGCCAAAUACAGGGAUAUAGUCUUGCUUCGCACAGAGCAAGGACCGUGUGACUUGCAUUUCUACUACGACGACUUGAUCAUGUCGCCGGGCUCCAUCGAGACUGUUACAGCAACGCCGCUGAGCAUACGCCAGGAGGAACCACUACUCAGCCGCGUGUGGUGUGCGCAAGAGCGUGUCCUCGCAAACCGCACACUACACAUAGCCAGCCACCAGAUGUACUGGGAGUGUAGCGCAGACUUCAAGGCCGAAGACGACAUGGCCAUGGACAUCGAAACGUGCUCACAAUACAACUUACAGCGAAUCGCCAGUGGCCUGGCAAGCGUCAUGCAAGCCCCCAAACUAAACACCACAGACAACAACAAGAAGAGAUGGGGCUUGAGCCACGAAUGGCGCCCAUGGCUCCGCCUCAUCGAGGAAUACACAUCGCGCAACAUGACAGUCACGAGCGACAAGCUGCCCGCUCUCUCUGGCGUCAUGUCCGCGCUGCAAACGCUCACAGGCGACCGGUGUCUCGCGGGGAUCUGGGAAAGCUGGUUUGCCAAGGGACUCCUGUGGCGGAUCCAAGAUCCAGAGCGUGACAGCUACGUGUUCCACGCGAAGCCGGCGUCUCGACCGCGUUUCUGGCGAGCGCCCUCGUGGUCUUUUGCCGCGCUAGACGGCGUGGUCGCGUACAAGCUUCUGGAAUACGACACUGACACGCUGACGUGUGCGGCGCUUGUGCAGUGCCACCUUGUGCCUAAAGGAAAGAAUCCGCUGGGCGAACUGGCGGAGGGGUAUGCUACCAUCAGAGGACCCAUAGCGCAUCUGUUUAAUGCUGCGGAGCACCAGUCGAGUGAUGGACGGGACUGCAGGCUCCGCUUGACGCGCAACCGCCUCGCAGAAGCACGUGUGUUUUAUGAUGUCGAGUACUAUGCUGCCUGCGAUGUUCUGCUCGUCACCCCGCACGCCGGCAUUGCCAUUGUGCCGGACAAGCGGGAUAGCACCAGGCACGUCAGAGUGGGCGCCGUGACGGUAUACAGGAUCCUGGAUCCCGGGAUGCAGGAUUCCCAGGACCUGGUAUCUGUCCUGGACUUGACUCCCCUCUCUGCUUUCUCGGCGGCGGAUUGGCCCGAGCCGGUAGUUCUCACUUUGGCUUAG